UACCAAUAAUUGGAACACGGGUUGGGUCGGGUUCUACGGGUUGUGUAAUCUAAAAUCCAAACCCAACCCAAAUGAGGCGGGUUGUACAAAAGAAAACCCUCACCCAACCCAAAACCUUCAAUUUAGCGACAAAUACGGGUGGGUUGGGUCGGGUUGGAAGGGUGGGUCGGUUUGCGGGUGUGUUUGUUCACCCCUGAUGCUUGCAUCCAUAAACUCUUGUACUUGACAACACUGUAUCUUCUGAUUUAUUGACUGUUGCACUACACUACACUACUCUACGCCAAAACGUUGCACCACAUCGAUACGCAAGAGCAAACAAAAGCUCGAUUCAAAUGUCGAGAAAUGUAAUUUAAACAGGAAAACAAACUUAGCAAAGAAUCUCAAGAUUUAUCCUUAUAUAUAUGUAUCAUAGAGGUGGUGGAGACUUUUUAUUUAUUUAUUUCAAUUCAAAGCAACAAUGCAAGAUGAAAACAUUGGUAUUAGAGAUUUUGUGCAGUUGACCAACCAUGUUGUCAUUACUAUUUUCUUAUAUUUCAGGAUCUGCUGAAAGAGAGACUACUUUCCCUUUCAAACUUAAAUAAUGGUCUGAUGUUGUUUACCGCUGUAUUGAUGAUCUCUCUUAUUUCCCUGCAUUUCUCUUCUCUUUUGUUUAAUCCGUUGUCCCAGAUUCCCAUCAUAUAUUUUCCCUUCUUUCUCACACCAGUGUUCCUUUCCCUUUCCCUUCGUCGAAAAGGUUGCUCCAGUGAGUGUGAGAACUGAAGCAAUCCCAUCUCAGUAUCUCACUCAUUCACUCUCCUCUCCAUCUCUCUAUAGCUGCAAAAAGCGAGCCACUAUGUCUUGUUGGGUUCACGGGAAGCUUUAACUUAACUUCCAAGUGACGUUUAUAGUUGCUCAUUAAAGGGCUGAAGAAAAAGAAAAGCACAGAACAACGCACCAGACUGGUAAAGCUUCCAUCUUUCUAUCUUCUUCUGCUUCUUUCUUUAGUUGGCUUUUGAUCUCGGUUUGUUUACUUCCUUCUACGGUGGGCUUUCUUAAUUUUAACAGACAAUUGGAGCUCCGGGAUUCGCGUUGGAAGUUUCUGCUCUGUUUUAUAGCAGAGAGAAGGGUUUUUGGGAGGGUUUUCUUCUUUAGUUUUUGUUUUGUUCAUAUCUGACGAGAAGCUUUCCUUCCUCUCCCCAUCUUUGGACCUUUCAGGUGGGGACGAAACUAAAGUUAAGGUCCUCCGGUUUUCGGUUUGACCAACUUUUUUUUUAAUCUCUCUCUCGGCUCUCCCUUUCUUCUUCUUCUUCUCCUCGUUCUGUGUUGCUUCAGUUUCUGUGCUGAGAAGCAAACUUUGCGGGUUUCUGUUUCCCAAUCCAAAGUAGUUAUUGGUUCUUGAGAUUUGAGUAAUUGGGUUUUCGAGGAUCGGUGAUAUAGAAAAAUUGGGUUUUCGUUGAAUUCAGUUUGCUUCAUUUGCAAAGCUUCGUGCUUUUUGGGGAAUUGAACAAAGCAAGCUUCUUUUGCUGCUGGGUUUCCAUUCUCUGCUGCUGAAAUUAUGCCAAUUUGCUAACAUUUUGGAAGCUGGGAUUUUUGUUCAGUAAUGGUGGAGUUGGGGUUUCUCUUAAGCUUCCUCAAAUGGGUAGCCUUGUUUUGCUUCCUUCUCUUGUCCUCUCAAAUUGAUUGCACUCUAGCUGCAUCCUGUGAUCCCAGAGACUUGAGAGCGCUCAAUGAGUUCUCCAGCAGCUUCGAAGAUGGUUCGUCAUUCUUCACAUCUUGGCCUGAUAAUACUGAUUGCUGUGAUUGGAAUGGUGUUUCUUGUGGGCCUAAUGGCGGUAGAGUGACCAUGCUUAGUCUACCAAGCAAGGCCCUCCAAGGCCCGGUUCCAAGAGCUCUGGCUGGUUUGGAUCAGCUGAAAUCGCUCGAUCUCUCUUGUAAUCGUCUUCAAGGCGAGCUUCCAUUGGAGCUCUCCAGCUUGAAACAGUUGGAGGUUCUUGAUUUGAGCUAUAAUAUGUUAUCAGGACAGGUUUCUGAAGUUCUCUCUGGUCUGGUUUCCAUUCGGGCAUUCAACAUUUCCAGCAAUCGUUUUGAUGACAAUGAUCUGUUUGGUAUGAAGGAGCUUCCUGAACUUGUUGUGUUCAACAUAAGCAACAACUCAUUCAGUGGGCGGAUAAGUCCCAUGAUUUGCAGCUUAUCCAAUGUGAUUGAGGUUGUUGAUUUGUCGAUGAAUGAUCUCGUGGGAAGCCUUGAAACCUUGUCUAAUUGCAGCUCGUUGAUUCAGCAGCUGCAUUUGGACAACAACAUGAUAUCAGGCUCUCUUCCUCAGGCUUUGUUUGCAUUGCCUUCUUUGCAGCAACUAUCGAUCUCCAACAACAACUUCUCUGGUCAAUUAAGUGGCGAAAUGAGUAAGCUCGCCAACCUUACUACAUUUCUUGCUUAUGGGAACAGAUUUUCUGGCCAGAUUCCAGAUGUUUUCCAUAACUUGACGCAGUUGGAACAAUUUAAUGUUCAUUCGAAUUCAUUUUCUGGACCAUUGCCUUCAACUCUGUCAUUAUGCUCCAGUCUGCGAGUCCUCGACCUUAGAAACAACUCCAUGUCCGGUCCAAUUGAUCUCGACUUCUCCAGAAUGCCUCUGCUUACUACUCUUGAUCUGGCCACCAAUAGGUUCUCUGGCUCACUUCCAGAGUCUUUGUCUCAUUGCCAUGAAUUGAAGACCUUGAGCCUUGCUAAAAAUGUCUUGAAUGGAAGCAUACCAGAGAGUUAUGGCCAACUCUCGUCGAUCUCGUUCCUCUCAUUGUCGAACAACUCCAUUGUUGACUUGAAUCAGGCAUUAUCAGUGCUGCAGCAUUGUCAGAAUCUCACCACACUAAUCCUCACAAGGAAUUUCCAUGACGAGGAAAUCCCGGUGAAUGUGAGUGGGUUUGGUAGCUUGUCGGUCUUUGCACUUGGAAACUGUGCUCUCAAGGGCCAAAUCCCGUCAUGGUUGAUAAAUUGCAAGAAGUUACAGGUUCUUGACUUGUCAUGGAAUCAUCUGGAUGGCAACAUUCCCCCAUGGGUUGGCCAGAUGGAGAAACUGUUCUACUUAGACAUCUCCAAUAACUCUCUCUCAGGAGAAAUUCCAGAGACCCUGAUGGAGCUAAAGAGCCUCACUUCAGCAAGCACAAGUUCGAUCGGACUCUCACCUUCUGCUGGCAUUCCACUCUAUGUUAAGCGAAACCAGACUGGUAGUGGCUUGCAGUACAAGCAAGUAUCAAGCUUCCCUCCUUCAAUCUACUUGAGCUAUAAUAUGAUCAAUGGAACAAUCUCACCCAAGAUCGGUCAGUUGAAGCAACUCCAUGUCUUAGACCUGAGCAACAACAACAUAACAGGUGUCAUACCGAGCUCGAUCUCCGAUUUGCUCAAUUUGGAAGUGUUGGACUUGUGUUCAAAUGAUCUGUAUGGCUCAAUCCCACCUUCACUAGAGAGGCUCACAUUCCUCUCGAGAUUCAAUGUAGCUAAUAACCACUUGAAGGGACAAAUUCCAACUGGAGGGCAGUUCUCCAGCUUCUCAAACUCAAGCUUUGAAGGUAACUCGGGACUCUGUGGAGGAGUAGUCUCUCCUUGCAAGGAUAUAGAGACUGCCAUGACCCCCAGGAGACCAUCUGGCAGUUCAAGGACCAAAUCCAAUAUCCUUGGGAUCACCAUAGCUGUAGGAGUCGGGUUGUCAUUGAUACUUGCCUUUCUGGUUGUUAAGAUGUCGAGAAGAUCUGAUCCUAUCAACGAGGAAGAGACCGGAUCUCACGUGUCAUCAUCAGCAGCACUUAUGACAUCAUCAAAGUUGGUCCUUUUCCCGAGCGCUGAAUGCAGGGAUCUAACAGUUUCCGACUUGUUGAAAGCUACAAACAACUUCAGCCAAGCGGACAUUAUUGGCUGCGGAGGGUUUGGCCUUGUUUACAAGGCCAAUUUCCCUAAUGGGAAAAAAGCUGCAAUCAAGAAGCUUUCAGGAGACUGUGGCCAGAUAGAGCGGGAGUUCCAAGCAGAAGUAGAAGCACUCUCGAGAGCUCAACACCAAAACCUCGUCUCUCUCCAGGGAUACUGUCUGCAUGGCAAUGACAGGUUGUUGGUUUACUCUUACAUGGAGAAUGGAAGCUUGGACUAUUGGCUGCAUGAAUGUGUGGAUGAGUCCUCUGUUCUUCAAUGGGAUACCAGGCUGAAGAUAGCUAGAGGUGCAGCCAAAGGGUUAGCUUACCUUCAUAAAGUCUGUGAGCCCCAUAUUGUGCAUCGAGAUGUGAAGUCUAGUAACAUACUAUUAGACGACGACUUCGAGGCUCAUUUGGCUGAUUUUGGCCUCUCGAGGCUGCUAAGACCAUAUGAUACCCAUGUCACGACAGAUUUGGUUGGGACGUUGGGGUAUAUUCCACCUGAGUAUAGUCAAACGAUGACGGCCACUUGUAGGGGCGAUGUUUAUAGCUUCGGAGUUGUGUUGCUUGAGCUUUUGACAAGUAGAAGGCCCGUGGAGGUGUGCAAGGGGAAGAACUGUAGGGAUCUGGUGUCGUGGGUUUUCCAGAUGAAGUUUGAGAAGAGGGAGUCUGAGGUUAUUGCCUCUUCGAUCUGGGAUAAGAACAAGGAGAAAGAACUACUCGGGAUGCUUGAGAUUGCUUGUCGAUGCUUGGAUCGUGAUCCGAGACGGAGACCUUCCAUCGAUGAAGUCGUUUCCUGCCUUGAUGGGAUUGGAAUGUGACUGUGUUACCUGUAGUUCAAGUUGGAAACAAAUUCUUGACCAGGUGACUGCAUUUUUUGUUUGGUUUUUUAGUUCUUUUUCCUCAUAUAAACACAUAGUUAUAAGUUAUGUAUACUUACAUGUGUUGUGUCUUUCUUCAGUCUGCAAUAAAAACGUCAACAGAAAUGUACUAGUUCUUCUUUUGUAUAGAUCUCCUGUUAUUGCAUUGCUGUAUGAAUCCAUUUGAAAUGUUUCAAUAGCUAGAAGAGAGUUGAUAUGCUGUAAGAAAUGUGCUUGUAGUUCAGCUUCAGCAGUAAGAAAUACCAACCAGUUCAAGGAACUGUGAUGAUUUUUCUGUUUUGAUUUUCAUUUGGACUGAACUCCAACAAGGAAACAUGCAUUAUCCAACCAAAUUCUGGUGGAUGAUUCGUUCGACUUUUUUAGAGAGGUAUCAGUUAGCAGCAAUGCUAACAGAUCAUAUCCUUACAUCCCUACCUUCUUUAUCACUAUCCUUGGAGAGUAGAGAUACACUAAAUGACUUCUCUUUUCGCCUUACCUAUAUCGUGGGAAACUUUGUCGCAGAUUACUUGGCCAAACUAUCUCAUACACCCACUCACAAAGCGAAACAACAGACUUUUGGGGGGGUGCUAAGAUCCAAAGUCGAGAGCUAGACAACCCAGAUCGUACACUAAGGUCCCUAAGCACAAACUUAGUGGAAAAGGAAGUGACCGAGUUACGAUUUGGUUUUGAUUACGUCGCGAUAUACACCCUUAAUGUUUUCUUGCAGAUUAUGCUGAAGGUACUGGGAUACUGCUGUGCUGUGCAGCCAUUUCAGGAAAGAAAAGACAAUGGUGGUUUGUUAGGUAUCAUCAUAAUCAUAGGAUUCCAUGAUCUGGUGGCCUGCUCUGUUCCUGUGUUGGUGUAGGACUUUGCAUGUUUGGUGAUAAAAUGAAAUCAUCAUGUGUGUUUGUGGUGGUGGUGGUGGAGGAUCCCACAGAACAAUCAUUUUGGUUUGGUGUUCUUGUUGGGAAGGACCUUUUUUGGAGCAAUUGAGGUUAUUAGUUAUAGUUAUGACUUUCCCCUCCCUCUUGACUUAUGCCAUGAAACAAAGAGUGGAGAUUGGUCAGAGUCCCAUUUGUUUGAUGUUCAUGGCGACUUUCUUUAUCUUUUCCUCCACCAUCUUCUUCUUCUUCUUCUUCUUCUUCCCCAUGAACUGGCAAGAAUUUUGGCCAAGUGGAGGGGGAAAAUGGACUUUUUAGGAUUAAGAUCAUUGUUAAUAUUGUCCCACUAGUCCACUACACGAUCGAAACAUGGGGGAGAAAACAAAUGAGUAGUAGGAAAAAGUAAUUGGUGAGGUGAAGAAAUGAUAAUGAAGCUAGAAAAAAAAGUCAUGAGUGGAAUGUGACCUCUUUGAUUAUUCACCUCCCUCCCCCCAACAAACCAUUUAAUAGUUCAACGAGUUGGGUGAGGUGUUCUUCGAUUUGUUGUUGACUAUCGUUUCGAAUUCUAAAUUUUUUUUUUUUAGUUUAAAAUUAUUUAGUCUAUUGCAUUGGACGAUGAAAUUUCAUUGGGUUUUUUGUGUCAUGAAUAAUUACAAAUUGGGAUCCAUUUGAUGAUGGUUAAGAUUUAUCAAAUUCCAUUUUAUAGGUAAUUUCAUAUGUGAAUUUCCUUAUUAAUUAUAACAAAAUUUUCACGUCUAUCCCUUUUUCAUUUUCUUCUACAAAGCAAGGUUCAGGAAACCCUACCGUACCGUCCGGUUGGACAGGAAAUAUCGGAUACCGGACUCAAAAGGAUAGACGGUUUUAACAACAGGAAACGGUUCAAUCACGAUUAAACCACGAAAUACAUAUUUUUAUUCUUG